GCAUCAGUCUCAGUGGGGGGAAGCUCUGCCGAGCGAGGGGAAGGACAAGGCGUCACCAGUUUUUGCAGACUUGUCUUGCAAAGUGAUUUAGAGAUGCAGAGCUGCGCCAGGUCCUGGGGGAUCUUCUUGGCCAAGUCGGUGAAGCCCAGCGCACCGUGCAGGCAUCUGAGUGACAAGAGCCGCGUGGUUUGGAAACUUCAGUGCAGGACCCGAAACAGCGGGGCAUCCCCGAGUCCGGCAGCCCGGGGUCUGAGGACGUCUGCAGCCGUCUCCUCUAGACAGAUAGAGCGAAUAUUACCCAGACACGAUGAUUUUGCAGAGAGGCACAUCGGUCCAGGUGAGAGGGAGAAAAGAGAAAUGCUGGAUGCUCUGGGACUCGAGUCGAUCGACCAGUUGAUCGAAAACACAGUUCCAGAGUCCAUCCGCAUGCAGCGGAGUAUGAAAAUGGAUGAUCCAGUCUGUGAGAAUGAGAUUCUGGAGUCUCUACAGAAGAUUGCGUCAAAGAACAAAGUAUGGAGGUCCUACAUCGGCAUGGGCUACUACAGCUGCUCAGUACCACCACCCAUCCAGCGUAAUCUCCUGGAGAAUUCAGGCUGGGUAACUCAGUACACACCCUACCAGCCCGAGGUCUCUCAAGGUCGCCUGGAGUCACUACUCAACUAUCAGACCAUGAUCUGUGACAUCACCGGCAUGCCUGUGGCUAACGCCUCCCUGCUCGACGAGGGAACAGCUGCUGCUGAGGCCAUGCAGCUCUGCCACAGACAGAACAAAAGAAGAACCUUCUACAUUGACCCUCGCUGCCAUCCCCAGACCAUUGCUGUGGUGCAGACCAGAGCCAACUACAUCGGAGUGAAAACCGUGCUGAAGCUGCCUCAUGAGAUGGACUUUAGCGGGAAGGAUGUGAGCGGUGUGCUCUUCCAGUAUCCAGACACUGAUGGCAAGGUGGAGGACUUCACAGGUCUUGUGGACCGGGCACACAAGGGAGGGGCGUUGGCUUGCUGUGCCACAGAUCUGUUGGCCCUCUGUGUACUGCGUCCCCCUGGGGAGUUUGGCGUUGAUAUUGCACUGGGCAGCUCCCAGAGGUUUGGAGUUCCUCUCUGCUACGGCGGUCCUCACGCUGCCUUCUUUGCUGUUAAAGACAACCUGGUCCGGAUGAUGCCUGGCAGAAUGGUUGGAGUCACCAGAGACGCAGCUGGUAAGGAGGUGUAUCGGCUUGCUUUGCAGACCAGAGAGCAGCACAUUCGCAGAGACAAAGCAACCAGCAACAUCUGCACAGCGCAGGCCCUGCUAGCCAACAUGGCUGCAAUGUACGCACUGUAUCAUGGUCCUCAGGGACUCAAACACAUCGCUGAGAGGACACACAACGCUGCUCUGAUCCUCGCUGAAGGUCUGAAGAGAGCAGGACACCGGCUGCACAGCGAGAUGUUCUUCGACACUCUAAAGAUCAACUGUAGCGUGGCAGCAAAAGACAUCUUUGAGAGAGCUGCUCAGCGGCAGAUAAAUCUGAGAGUCUACACUGAGGGAGUGUUGGGUGUCUCUCUGGAUGAGACGGUGUCUGAGCGGGACUUGGACGACCUGCUCUGGGUCUUUGGCUGUGAAUCCUCAGCCGAGCUGAUCGCUGAGAAGAUGGGUGAGCGGGUGAAGGGCAUCAUGGGAAGUCCUUUCAAGCGGACGAGCAAGUACCUCACGCACCAGGUCUUUAACAGUUAUCACUCUGAGACCAACAUCGUGCGAUACAUGAAGCGUCUGGAGAACAAGGACAUCUCCCUGGUGCACAGCAUGAUACCACUGGGCUCCUGCACCAUGAAGCUAAACAGUUCUUCAGAGCUCAUGCCAAUCACCUGGAGGGAGUUUGCCAACAUCCACCCAUUCGUGCCUCUGGAUCAGGCGGAUGGCUACCAGAAGCUCUUCAGACAGCUGGAGAGGGACCUCUGUGAGGUGACUGGCUACGACAGCAUCUCCUUCCAGCCAAACAGCGGCGCUCAGGGAGAAUACGCUGGCCUGGCUGCCAUAAAAGCAUACCUGAACUCAAAGGGAGAGAGCGCGCGAAGUGUCUGUCUGAUCCCCAAGUCAGCUCAUGGCACCAACCCAGCCAGCGCUCAGAUGGCUGGCAUGAAGGUGCAGGUGGUGGAGGUGGACAAGGACGGCAACAUCGACCUGGCACACCUCAAGAGCCUGGUGGAUAAACACAAGGCGAGUCUGGCAGCCAUGAUGAUCACCUACCCCUCCACCUUUGGUGUGUUCGAGGAGCACAUCAGGGACGUGUGUGAUCUUAUUCACGAGAACGGUGGCCAGGUGUACCUGGAUGGCGCCAACAUGAACGCCCAGGUCGGUCUGUGUCGUCCUGGUGAUUACGGCUCUGAUGUGUCUCAUCUCAACCUGCACAAGACCUUCUGCAUUCCUCAUGGUGGAGGAGGACCUGGCAUGGGCCCGAUUGGAGUGAAGGCCCACCUGGCCCCCUUCCUGCCGAGCCACCCGGUGGUCCCCAUGCAGUCGGUCGACAGCGGCAGCUCGCUGGGCACCAUCAGCGCCGCCCCCUGGGGCUCCAGCGCCAUCCUGCCGAUCUCCUGGGCUUACAUUAAGAUGAUGGGAUCCAAAGGACUGGUUCACGCUACAGAGGUGGCCAUCCUCAAUGCCAACUACAUGGCCAAGAGGCUGGAAGACCACUAUAAGAUCCUCUACAGAGGCAGGAAAGGUUUUGUAGCCCACGAGUUCAUUCUGGAUGUGAGGCCGUUCAAGAAGUCGGCUAACAUUGAGGCUGUUGACGUGGCUAAGAGGCUGCAAGAUUACGGUUUCCAUGCACCCACCAUGUCUUGGCCGGUGACUGGUACCCUCAUGAUCGAGCCCACAGAGUCAGAGGAUAAGGCUGAGGUCGACCGGUUCUGCGACGCCCUGCUUGGUAUCCGCCAGGAGAUCGCAGACAUCGAGGAGGGGAGGAUGGACUCCCGGAUCAACCCGCUCAAGAUGGCGCCUCACUCUCUGGCCUGCAUCUCAUCCUCCAACUGGGACAGGCCCUACUCCAGGGAGCACGCCGCUUUCCCCUUGCCCUUCAUAAAGCCUGAGACCAAAUUCUGGCCAAGCAUCUCCAGGAUUGAUGACAUCUACGGCGACCAGCACCUCGUGUGCACCUGCCCACCCAUGGAGUCCUACGAGUCUCCAUACGAGGAGAAGAGAGCCUCCUCAUAGAUGCUCCCUGUGGUCCAGUCCCAGUGUCCAGCCUGAGCUCUAAAAGCUCACAGACUUUACACCCGUUUGCUCAGUGAAAAUGUGACAUCAGGAGGCUACAUGCUACAUUAAAUGAGGCAGAAGCAUUUCUGUCGUCAGUAAAGUGUUAGGCUCGUACUUCAGAUAUUCUCACAGAAUAAUUGCCUCUAUAUUAUAGCAUGGUCGAUAAAUUUGGUAAAAAUAAAUCAAUACUUUCCGGCUCUGUGAAACAAAAAACUAGAAAUUCUUUGCUGCUGUUGCUAUCUUCCAGCUUUGUCAGAGUUUGUUUUUAUGAUUUCAGACUUUCUCUGUGAACAUUAGCGGCCUACAAAUUGUGGCCAAUUCCUUCAAACAGAGCCUGCAGCAGUGCAAAAAUCAUAUUAAGCAGGGCCUCGAAAAGUCUGCAAGAGAGCCCCCAAGCACUUGCCGAUUUCACAAUGGAACUGAGCCCCAGCCAACUUAUUACAAAAAGGUGAAAGUCUGUGAGGCGGACAUUGGGACUGGUCUUCUUCCGAUUGCACCCCUUUUAAUGGGGUCAUGGCGUUGUCCCCGACUCGAACUCUUCCAAUGGACCAAAGGUGCAACUUUUGCUUUUCCAGGCUGCAAAAUAUGUGCACCCUUCGACACCGAGGCCGCUCUGUAAUACACCUCUGAAAUACUGUACUACAAGUUGAGUACAGUUCAUUUCUAGACUCCCAACAUCUAUAAAGAAAUGCCCUUGGUGCCUCAGUGUCUGUUGUGUAAAAUAGCUGCCUUGACUUUCCCUUUUUUUUUCUUUGUUUCCAAAUACCUGACAAAACAUAGGAGGUACCUUAUUGUAGGCUUUUUGUUAAUAUGCAUCGGUUGUAUGAAAAUGUCUUAAUGUGUGUUAGGACGUGUUGAUAGUGGACGAGGAUAGUCUUAAUUUUAGGUUAAUUAUUUUGUAAUCGAAACUGUUUUGUCUGUAGAAAAAAAGAUAUUGGUAUUAAACAUUUUUGUCUUUAAGUGUG